GCCGCCUUCACACUAGGUGAUUCCCCAUAAUCCUCCCACGAAGUCUACGCAUAGAUACGUACGAGUAAUUAGUAGGCCACUAACGUUAAUAUCUCGACAGGACGCAGGAGAUGAGAGAACAAUGUCGGAGGUAAUUCCAGGCCAAUAUCUAAGCUUGAGUUUGAGACUGUCUAUUGUAGGAGUCUGUCAUUUACUGGAGACGAGCCAUCCCCUUCGGCCCACAAUAGUACAGGAAGUGACUCCAUGGUGGGCUCUAUAAUACCAACGAAUCCUUCAAAGGAAACUCUCGUGCCGGGAGAUGUACCCUGGUCUUUGCCCGGGGUAGUACUGGCGGCUUGUUCGUCGUCUUUUCUGCAGUCGCUCGUGUUCCCUUCCAGAAAGGCUUUUGCCAUGAGUAUGUCUUCCUUGCUUUGGCCGCUUAUGAGGAAGAUUCUCCUUAGCUCCAGGCUCGUCAAGCUCGUCAUCGCUGAAGCGUGUUUCAAGAGCCGCGAACUCGUUGAGCUCGUCGAUGCUGAAGGCUAUCUUGCUAAGGGGGACCUCAGAGGCUGGAUCCGCUGCGAUAGUGUGACCCUCAAAGGGCGACAGUCCAAUCUUCUGAGUCUUUGGUUCAUCAAGAACGAGGAUCUUGGAGACGUCUUCAAAGACCGACUAGCGUAG